GGCUUAAUAACUCGGACUAGAAGAACAUUCGAUAGAGCUUUGAAAGCACUGCCUAUAACUCAGCAUGACAGGAUAUGGAGGGUCUAUCUGAAAUUUGCUGACAGACAUGGCCGUGGAGUUAACGAGACGUGUUUAAGGGUUUAUCGACGCUAUGUCAAGUUUUGCCCCGAGGAUAUGGAGCGAUUUAUUAAAUUCUUGAUUAAAUAUGGAAAUUACAAUGAAGCAGUUUCUGUCCUUGCGGAUAUCAUAAACGAUGACAAUUUUCAAAGCCGCAAUGGCAAAUCAAAGUUUCAGCUUUGGAAUCAAUUAUGUAGCCUUCUUGUAAAACACCCGGACAAAAUCACUUCACUUAAUGCCGACCCUAUUAUUAGACAAGGAAUUUGUCGAUACACUGAUCAGGUAGGAGUUCUUUGGAAUUCAUUGGCGGAUUACUAUAUUCGAAGUGGUAACCUUGCUCGUGCUAGAGAUGUUUAUGCUGAGGCGGUAACCGCUGUAUUGACAAUCCGCGACUUCACCCAAGUUUUUGAUGCAUAUGCUGAAUUUGAGGAAUCCAUUACCAAGGCUCGAAUGGAGUUUGUAGACAAGGCAGAAAUUGUCCUUCAUGAAGAUGAACUUGAGGUUGAGCUAUGUCUCGAAAGACUUGAGUCACUAAUGAAUAAGCGCCCACUCUUGCUUAAUAGCGUUUUGUUGCGACAAAAUCCUCACAAUGUAUCAGAUUGGCUCAAACGCGUCGAGCUCCUUGAAAAUGAAGGUCCUCAUGAACAAAUAUCUGCCUUCAUGGAAGCAAUAAGCUCUGUUGAUCCAGUCAAAGCAACUGCUGGUCGUCCCUCAAGCCUCUGGAUUGAGCUAUCCAGACUAUACGAAAAAUAUAAACAGCUUUCUGAUAGUCGAGUAGUGCUAGAAAAGGCCACGGGCGUUGCUUUUCUACACGUGGAUGAUCUUGCCAACAUUUAUUGUGAAUGGGCCGAGAUGGAAAUUCGCCAUGAGUAUGUUUUACAGUAA